CCGCUGUGCCUGUCAGUAGAGUCGAGAGUCCCGAAGUGUGCGUACUUAAAUCUCACGAGGCCGCGACUCGCAUUCCGAUUUGAAAAUCGUAUCGGAGCGCGGCCGUGCGGAAGAGAGACAGACGCAAACUCGCGACGCAUAUCUACGUACGCCCGCGCACAGACUCUUUCUCUCCCCCUUUGCCGUCUUGGCCGGUCCUUCUAGUUUUCUCUCCUCCUCCCAGUCUCCGUCGAUCGUUCUAUUUAUCCUCCGUGACGCUCCAUCUCUCUCUCUCUUUCUCUCCUUCAUUCCCCUUCCUUCUCUCCCACGUUCUCUCUCAUCCCCACCUUGUUCCUCCGUGGUGCUUUUCGCGAUCUACCGCGCGCGCGCGGGCGCGUUCGCCAGUGGGACGUUUCUAAAAACGUAAUCGUCAACUGUGAACCCGUGCGUGCUCGCUCGCUCGCUCUCUCUCUCUUUGGGAGAGGGAUCAUUGGGAUUCUGGGAGCAGUAAAGACUAAUACGCGGCGACCAACGAGGAAGACGUUGGAGGAGAACUAGCGGCCGAAGAGAGAAACGGAAGGUCCACGCGCGUGCGCAUCUGACGGCCCGGUAACGAGAGGAGAAAACGAAACGCGCAGCCCGGCAACGCGUCGCUGCAAAAAAGGAACGAAACCGUGCGCGCGACAAGCGAGGAGGCGACUUUACGACUCUCCCGUAAGGAGUGUCGCUCGCCCUCGCGCGUUCUCUCUCUCUCUUUACUUUCCUUUCCCCGCGACUACCGCGGCACUCAGUACCGCCCCCACUCACGGACUCCUUGCGAGAGUCUUUCCUCACCCUUCUCCCAGUCUUCUCUCGAGUAUUCCUUCUCCCACUCGCGACUGUGUCGCCGUCCCCUUCGCCGCGUUCGGUUCGUUUCUUUUAACGCUCCUUCGUUAGUACGUCUCGGCCGUCGCGCUUGUGUGCUCUCCUGUGAUCGGAGAGGAAACUGACCGUCGUAGUCUUCGUCUGUCCGUCUGUCUACAUCGCGCGACGUUCGUGGACUCGUGCGCGUUCUCUCUCUCUCUCUCCUCUCAUUGUCUCUUGUUACUUCUCUCGCUCGGUAUUUCCCUUUCUCUCUUUUUCUCCUCUCUCUCUUUCUCUCUCUCUCUCUCUCUCUCUCUCUCUCUCUCUCUCUCUCUCUUGUGUAUCGUUGCGUGCCGCGCGCGUCCAACACGCGCCAACAUUCGCCAUUGAAGCCACCGAGUACAAGUUGCGAUGUGUGAUAAUACUAACACGACGACGCAGAGUAUAGCGGACUACCUGUCACAGUUGCUGAAGGAUCGAAAGCAGCUAGCGGCCUUCCCUAAUGUCUUCAUACAUGUGGAGCGUCUGCUGGAUGAGGAGAUCGCGAAGGUGCGGGCGAGCCUCUUUCAAAUCAGCGGGGUGAAGAAAGAGCCGCUCGUAUUGCCGGAUCCCGAAGGCGACAUCAAGACGCUCACGGAGAAAGUUUAUGUACCCGUUAAGGAGCACCCAGAUUUCAACUUCGUCGGGAGGAUUUUAGGGCCACGAGGCAUGACCGCAAAACAAUUGGAGCAGGAGACAGGAUGUAAAAUCAUGGUCCGCGGGAAGGGGUCGAUGAGGGACAAAAAGAAGGAGGAGCAAAAUCGGGGCAAGCCGAAUUGGGAACACCUGACAGACGAGCUGCACGUGCUACUCACCGUGGACGAUACUGAGAAUCGUGCUACCUUGAAGCUCGCUCGCGCCGUCGAGGAGGUCAAGAAGCUUCUCGUUCCCCAGGCUGACGGCGAGGAUGAGCUAAAGAAGAGGCAGCUGAUGGAACUCGCGAUCAUCAACGGCACUUACCGGGAUUCGAACACAAAGGUUGCCGCCGCGGCAGCCUGCGACGAGGAGUGGCGGCGGGUGGCCGCCGCCGCGGCGGAGACGCAACGUCUGCUGCCGGGCCUGGCGACGCCGAUGCGAACGCCGAGCACGCCCUUGGGCGCGCCGCUGAUCCUGUCGCCGCGGAUAUCCGUGCCGACGACCGCCGCGUCCCUGCUGAACGGCUCCGGGCCGCCGGGUUCGCUGCUGUCUGCCGGCGAACCCCAUGGACUCAUCUACACGCCGUACGCGGACUACGCCAACUACGCACUGGCUGCGUCACCGCUGCUCACCGAGUAUGCCACAGCGGAUCAUUCUGGUGGGUUGUUUGCUCGUUGAGAUUACCGUCUCUCGCGACAGACAGGGAGGGAAAGCGUAUGCGCCUCUGCUCUCGCGAGAGAAACCAAGCUCGUGCGACGCAAACGCGCGCCGCGAAUACGCGCGAAGCAACAAAUGUGCGUGCUGCAGAUGUGCGCUCCGAAUUGUAAUAGAGAUGACGAUAAUGCACGUCCGCCGGAACGGAAGGGACGGAGCCGCGCGCGCUCGCCGCAUAUUCUAUUCUUGAUAUUGCUGCUGAUAUUAAUUAUUUUAUCGUUAUUAUGUUUAUUGGUCAAUCGUUACGAGUUCAUUUUUAUCGAUAAUACGCUGUACGUUGACGACGGUCGUUGGUGACUCUCUGCCUUGCACCGCGAAGCGCGACAGUUGCGGCGCGACGGUGACAGCUGUCUUCGCCUCUUUUUUAAUUAUGUGACCGCGAGUCCCUCGAGAUUAGACGAGCGACGAGCAAUUAACGCCGACUAAUGAGAUCAGAAGGGAAUAUUCUCUCUCCAGGAGGGAAUCUUAUCAGACGUUGUCGAUCGCUUAUUCGAGUCGACGAGUGCACUCGUAACACUCGUCGGCUGUGAGUUCUCUUCUGAGUACCCUGAUUGGAGCAUCAAGUUAUAAUUUUGUAUUCUUUAUGUCUAAAGACAAUUUUGCAAAUUGUGGUGAUUCCACCGCGCUUUGGACGCGCAUCACAAUGUACUGCUGGCAGUAAAUUAUCGGACUUGUAUUUAAUCACGAAGAGUCGCUCGUGUAAUCGCAAAUCUUCGCCGAAAAAAGUGCCAAUUUUUUUACAUUUUACUCUUGAAUCGUAGUCGAAAUUGAUUACGCGCGUUAGAGAUCGAGAUCUCGGACGUUCGGCGUCGUGCGACGCCGACAGCAAUUCACUCCAGGAGAGCGUCACCAAUACCGUAACACGUGGUACAAUCACGUAGACUGUAAGUCGAUAAUUGUUAUUACGAGCCGACCGCUCUUUUAGCCAUUAAUUAUUAUUAUUAUUAUUAUUAUUAUUAUUAUCCGCGUUCACCAUCACCGUCAUUAUGUCACACAUUGUCUCCAUCAUCAUUGAUCAUCGCCGUCGUUCCAAUCGCCAUUAUCAUCAUCAUCACCAUCACCUUUAUCACAUUCAUCAUCAUUGUAGCAGUUAGCGAUUAUCUAGGAGGUGGAUAGUUAGCUUAGAAUAUUAUAUAUAUAUAUAUAUCCAACACAACCGAAUCAGUCAUUUGCUAGUCUCGUGUCAGUUCAGAUGUAAUGAUAAUAAUUACGCGAAAACGUUAGCGUGUAACGUAACGUAUGCUCCGUGUCUCCGAUAUAAUGAUAUAUCACGAAGAUUCAGGGUUAUCGUAGCGAUAGAGUGUCGCGGCGGGAGUACAGGCGCGCGCAAGGCCGUAUUCGUCGGCAUGGCUUUGUCGGGGACGAUAGUAGCGACAACAGAAAGAGGAAGGAGUAGUACGGAAGGAAUAGAGAAGAGAGCUUAGGGAGCAGACAUUUGACACACCCGUCGUACUCGUGCUGUAUCGCGUGUGGACGUAGCUAUACUAGUCCGAAAGCUUUUCUUACGUAGAGCCCGGGAUUCACAGACAGCCGCGCGUCCUUGCAGGAUAACGUGCAUAUCUACCCGCGCUCCUCGAAUCGCUCUUCGCGUCUUUUUUUCUUUCUUACGUCUGCUCGUAUCGCGCAGAUCUCGCGUGAUCGUAAGCUCGCGAAACUUAGAUAGGCUAGCGAGAGGAAGUCGCGGCAAAAGGAGGGCGAUCGCGUGCAGUCCGCGUCGCGUUCGGGGACGACGUUGCAGUGACGUCGUCGUCGUCGUACGGAGAACCUUAGACAAUGUCGCGAAGUCUUGUUGUCCAUAAUCGUGUCGCGUACUCGGGAUGUAUCUGGGACACCAAGAGCCUUCUUCCUGCGCGCACCUCACCGUCCCACCACAGCCACACAUAUCCCCAACAUCGUCCCGCAGUAGCUUCACCUGUCCGAAGUGGUACACACGAGUUUACGGAUUCCCCUGAGACGUUGCACACGCGGUAGAUAACGAUAGACUACGUUCUCCGACAGUUUCGCGUGUCUGCCUCUUUCUUCCUCCUCCGUCACAGAGGCACUCAAGUUACCCGGUGAAAGAAUGUCGCCGCGUCGACCUGGCGUACACUUUCAAUGACGGGUUUCCCCGCGAAGGGACCCGUGAGAUGCGCGACGCGUUUAUUAUCGCGCACCACUCAAUGCAAUAAUCAAAGGCCAUUCGCGUUGUAGCUGUUUUACAUGUGUAUUUUGUGUAGCUUGUGUGUUCGUUGGUGUAUAUAUAUACGCGUGCACACGUCAUCUACGUCAUGUACGUAUAUACAUAUUUUAGAAAUUAAUAUACAUACACAUAUAUAUGUAUAUAUAUAUAUAAUAUAUUUAUUGCGAAGGUAUAUAUAUAUAUAUAUAUAUAUAUACAUAUAUAUAUUUUUUUAGAGAAUAUACAUAUAUAUGCAUAAUAUAUUUAUUGAAAAAAGAAGAGAUAAAAUAUUAACGUUGUAUGGAGCUAGGUUUUUUUUUUCGCGGCUUUCUUUUGUAGAGUUCGACAGCGGAAAGGAUGUGUCAUCGUCGGAUACAUCACAGCGUUUAGAGACGUUUCUCCGUGCUGGAAAAAAAGAACAAAUGCCGGAAGGGAGUCUUUCAAUGAAGUUUUCGUAAUGAACGGCCUGUCGGUAGGGCGAUGAUGAUAGUACAUUAGCCGAACACACAUUUUUAGUUCGCGUUUUCUCUUUUUUGCCUUUCAAUUUACUCUUCCUUUCCGUUUGUCUUAUCUUGUGCGCGCAUACGUUAUCGCGCACACUUGACUCCAAAAAUUGUGUACAUUUUAACGACAACGUAACCUACGAAGUACCACUAGAAUCCCAAUUGAAUCCCUCGGGUUGAUAAUCCUAACACGCGACUAAACAACUAAUCAACUCUCUCUUGAUCCGUCCACCUCUCCUACGAAACCUACUUAUGCGCCACCGCGCGUUGGUGGUGUUUUUUUUUUUACUUCUCACACACACGCACACGCAUAUUCUCUCAUCCCGUCGGUCCGAACGAGAAAUCGUACCUCCGUUACGUAACUCUUGUGCAGUAGUGGCUCUACAGCGACGUAAUUGCGCGAAUCGCUUAGGCAGCUAGUAGCGAUAGUUAUCUAAAUGAGGAGGAGAACAAAAAAAAACUCGAUUGCACUCUUGAGAAGAGCUAUACGGUAGCUAUUUUUCGUCUUGAAUUUCUUUGUUAAUUAUACUUAUUCGAGGAAGCGCGUAACUCGCACGCUUAAAAAGAGGAAUCCAAUCGAGAUUAGCGUCGUUGAUCGUACGUAUAGCGCGAAUCGGAUUAUAGCGGGUUCGGUUCGGCGAGGACUCACAACAGUCUUAGUCUCAGUUUCAUGAAAUUCUUGACUCGAAAAGAAAUCAUCGGAUCUGUCGCGCGCAACACGCCAUACAACAAAUGUUACAAUGGCUGGUGAUAGGGUAGUCUAUAUAAAUAGAUACAUACGUAUGAUAUACACGUAGGACUUUUUAGGCAAACAGUUGUAGGUGGAGGGAGAACAUACCCAGGGACCAAACAAUAUUUUGUGGACUGAUGGUUCUAGCGUUUACUUGUAGCGUUGUUCAUGACGAGCAGGAAAGACUAUGCGUUCAAAAGUAUUCUCUCACUUUUUUUUCGUUUUCGAGUCGCGUGUUCACGCCCCACCCGCAGGAGCACAACAAAGAAGGAUUAAACAAUGAAAUUAGCACUUAUAUAUACAUCAUAUAUAUAUAUAUAUAUAUAAUAUAUACACAUAUAUAUAUUUAUAUUCAAGAUAUAUUCUAUAUAUACACAAUAUACUUUCGAUAGCAUAGUCUUUAAUUUUAAAAUAUUUUAUUGCGAAUUAUAUAAUAUAUAUAUCAUAUCACGCAUACACACACACAUUAUUUUAUAUGUUUAUUUAAUUUUAUUUUUAUAAAGAUUUAGCCGUUAUAAAUGUAUUUAUACGAGGUUAAGGGCCGAAGCAACGGGUAGAUAUAAUCUCAAUACUCAUUGUUGUUUAGAAACGAGUAGGAAUCGAGUCGGUAAAAAUCGCGAUUCUUCUUUCUUUCAUUUGUUUUUUUUUUUUUUUUUUUUUUUUUUUUUUUUUUUUU